ACAAGUAUAAGGAAACCAGGGGAUCAGUGUUGGUAUUUAUCACCAAGGAAGAUACCAGGGAAGAGUUUGAAAAUGACAAAACAAUGGAUUGGACCAUUGGAAGUGGUUGAGUGGAUAGCACCGGUUCUGGUUAAGGUUAGGAACCAGAGAAUACCUGAUAGGGUAUGGGUGGUGCACACCUGGCACAUCCGACCAUACCAUGGCAUGGUUGAUGGCCAAGCACCCAAGAAAGCUGAUCUUGAGGAUGAGGAUGACCCAGAGGCUGAGGAGAUAACCUCUGCUCCUGGAUCAGGUCCGGUAGAGAUAAACAUUCCCAUAAAUGUACCUGUGGAAGUUCCAGUGAUGGCUGACAAGGAGAGGAUACCUUUGGAAAAGGAUCCAGUAGAGGUUGCUGAAUCAGCCAAGGUGAAGGAUCAGGUAGAACCUGUAGUCAACCAUGAAGCACGAGUUAGGGGGAAAAUUAGAGGAAGAUCACCGGAGGUUGAACCAAACAAAAGUAGAAUAAAGAGGAGGCAUGAGGACAGAAGAGGUCAAAGAAGACGGAGGCCACGGGCUGCAGAUUUGUCCUCUGAACCUUCAAAGAAACCUAGCAAGUUUGGUAAAUUGGUAUAUUCUUCUGCAUCUUCAGAAAGUAACCAGGAAAGUAACAGGGGAAGUUCUGAGAGUGAGUUAUCUAGUGAGGAGGUUUUAGCCCUGAAGGUAUUAUUGAAGCCAGGAUCAGAUUAUCCUACUCAGGGAAGUGAAGGUGCAGCAGGCUAUGAUGUCAUGGCGGCCCAGACGGUAGUGGUACCGGCACGCCAGAUACGGGCGGUGGAUCUUAACCUAGCCUGUCAGCUGCCUAGGCAGUAUUUUAUGCAGUUGUGCAGUAGAUCCGGGUUAGCCAAGAGAGGAAUAAUAGUCAUUGCUGGGAUUAUAAAUAGUGAAUACACAGGUACAGAAGGGAGACAGAAUUUGGCAAGCCUUAAUACUUAAAUAUCCUUUUGGAGAGUUUGAAGAAAAGGAACUGGAACCUACUGGUAGGGGUACUGGUGGUUUUGGUUCUACCAGAAAUUAAUUCCUAUUCUAUUAAUUAUUAUGACUGUCUGCAGACAAAUCUAAUUAAGAAAUGUGAAAAAGCAACAAUUUGUCAAAGAAAUAAGCCAGAAGAAACUAUUAAAGCCUUGAGUAUAAUAUAGUGCAAAGGAAGAAGAUAAAUAAGUUGGAAGGUUAUAGUUGUUCUGUGAAGUCCUCUACAUUCCACUUCAAGUGUGGAGCAUGGAGAUAAUGAAUAUCUAUUUAUCAACUCAGAUCCAACAUGAGAAGAUACAGAAAAGGAACAAAAAGCUCAGAAAUAAGAUCAAUGAAGAAGAAGAAAUGCAGGAGUUAACAUCAGGAUUUGGUCAUAUGAUUUAAAUGUUUAUUAUUUUUACUUACUUUGAAAAUUCAGUAAAAAUAAUGGGGGAAUUGUAGGAAAAUGGGAUUAUUAUCAUUUAAAUAAAUUUUCAGCUAGGUGUAA